UAUAGCACAGGCUGCACAUCUGAUAUUUACUUGAUAUUGUGUACACUAGCCAGCAAUAGCAUUCACCUUAGACUGAUUCUCUAUCUUGUUUUUCUCCUCCAAUCCAUUCAAUACAAGAUCCACACAAAAUGAGUAUCCAUAAAGCAUAUACUAUUCUGAUGAGUUUGGAGUUGGGUUCAAUUGGAAUUAUGUAUCAAGUUGCAACCAUGGCUGACAUGAGCUUACCAACUACUAUGAUCAUAUUCCACUUUUCUGGUGUUAUUGGAUGUGAGACACUUCUUUGGAUUCUACUCCCUAAGUUCUGGAAUUGGUAUAUCAUCAAUCUAUUCCUUUUAAUGGUUAUUUCAUUAUGUUUCUUCAACUGCAUCCUUAAUAUCCCUAAGCUCUUCCGUUCAAAUGAUGCUCACCCUUCAAAUUUGGAACAACAAGAAGCUCAGGUUUAAGGCUUGAUUUGAUGGAUAACUUUUGAUUUCGUUUUUGUUUUUGUUUAAAUGUGAAAAAUGUAAUAGCACACAUGACUAGUGAGAAAAUAGAAAACACCUCUAAUAAAUGUUGAUGCUAUUUAACAAUUUUCUUUUUAUGAAGUUAGUUAGUGGUUGCAAUCAAUGUAUACGUCUUUUUGCAUAU